AUAUACAGCAUGUCAGUUGUCACAUUUGAAAAAUCAUGGAGAAAAUUGAGGGAAAAUUAACUUUUUAUAUUUUUUACGCUGUAUGUUAAAGUUAAAUUAAAUCCUCAACUACCUGAAGUAAUUUUUAAAUCGCCAGGUGAUUCGCAUAUUAACACUGCACAUAAAUAAGAAUGAUUGUAACUGUAACUGAUUUUUUAAUAAGUUACUCAUUCCAGAGGUGUUCUUGAGCUUCCUGAGCAUCAUAAAAGUUUCUAGAGCAGCAAUAUUAGCAAAUAGCAUUAAUAUACGUAUUUCAGUCAUAAAAUUUCGAACUAAAACAAUAAUUAUAUAAAAAUGGCACAUGAUAUUAUGAGUCAAUUCUACACCUGCCUAAAUUUCCCGUUGUGUGAAAGAAUUCAAGAGCUGACCAGAAUCAUAGACCAGGCUGGCUCUCACAAGGAUUUGCAAGCUCUAUUCCCUCAACUAAUAAAUAAUAUCUUUGCACCAUCUCUACAAAAUGGUUGGGGCAUAAGACAAGAGACAUAUGAGAGGAAUGAGUUUGAUAUGUUAUUAAAUUUCCUGGAACCUCAUGGUCCAAUGUUUCGGUUGUGUUAUAAACUGCUUACUGAUCCUCAGUUGAAAUACAAUCUACCAUUAAAUGUUUUACCAUUGCAAUUGCAGAUGACAUUGGAAAGAGGCAGAUGUCCACAAUUCUAUGCAGACUUGUUAACAAUGGACUCCCAGGCAUUGAAUAUUGUAGCAUUAGCGCUAAAUCCAUUUGAUUAUUAUAUUUUCAACUUUGCAUUAUAUCUGGUAAAUAAUAAUCAAAACAAGAAUUGGGACCAUCGUAAUAGUGUAUAUUUCGACCUGGCCUGUGAUUAUCUUAUGCAUUUUCUGCCAUGCAAUCCCAAUGUUCCUGUUUCACCGAACAUAUCCUAUUACACAGGAAAAGUACCAAUGGUUGCUCCACUACAAACAGCUAACAGACCAAGAUCACCAUCAUUACUAGUUAUAUCAGAUUUGUCAGGCAUAAGUAAUCAACAUCCAUCCUCUCAAACUCAGUCUAGGAAUGAAAUCUGGAGAUCAGAGACAGUUUUACAAAUAUUUAUUGAUAUUUGGAUGAGUGUAGAACCCUUCAAUAGUCAGAAUAUUCAGAUUUACCAAAGGACUUAUUCAACAGUGUCAUCUAGCCCAGAACGAGUUAGAAUAGUGAGGGCUUUGGUCAAACACAUUCAUGCAUUCUCUGCGAAAUAUAACAGUGACCCAUCUGCACUGUCAGCCCUGAGGAAAUAUGCGAGGCAGAUCAUGUGCUCACGGGCAUAUCACUAUGUAAAACAUUUGGUUACAACUUGGCCGUUAGAUGCAUCGUUCAGACUUGUAAUGGAAUUGUGGCUAAGUCUCAUUCAACCAUGGAGAUAUACAGACAACACUAUAAACCAGUCCAGAUAUCCACGUAUACAAAGAAAUCAAGAAGAAGGCAAUGCAGCUACUCUGGAUGAAAGUUUUACACAAUUUAUUGCAGAGAACUUUCCAGCAUACACAUGUAUUUUCCAACUAGUUAUACCACGGUUUACGAGGUUAGAUCUCUCGGCGUAUAAAAAUGCUGUCAUGCUGUUCAGACUGGGAAAGGUAUUUUCACAACCACAUUUAGUGCCGAUGUUGUUGAAUCUUGAGAGAGCGAUUACUGACAACGUUUCCGGCAGCCCUGACAACAGCCAUAACAACUCUAACUUCGAUCUAAGUUACACGUAUAACGGUGUCGCGCUGAACAAAUGGGUAACGAUAGCGAAACAAGCCAUCUCAGAGUUGAACAUGACGGCUACAUUUGAUUACGACCCCGUCUGGAGUGAAAAUAAAAGAGAAUACAUGCUGGAGUUUGUUAAACGGAUCUGCGCGGCUAAACAUACGGCUGAAAAGAAUUUGGAAAAUUACACCGCCAAAUUAAAUCAGCAAAAUCAAGGAUUUUGGAACUCCGUCAAACUAUGGUUUAUGAUGGGAGACAGUACAGAAGAAUCGAUGUUGUUAGAAGAAUAUAAAAAAGUUCCCAACUACUUGUCCAGUUGCGUUAAUUAUUUUAUAGCUAUUUUUGGGUUAAAUGAAAAUAUGCUGCUACCAUUUGAAACAGAAUUGGUGGAAGAUACAAGUGAACAUUCCUCAUUUGCGAACUCAAAUAACUUAACACUUUCUAUAGCGCACAAGCUACGUAAUAAACCGAAUGAGAUCCAGUAUAUGGGCGACCCGGAACUGAAGCCAAUUAUGUCAUACGAGAAUACCAUUUUGGUGCGAAUAUUGUAUCAAAUAUCUACUAGAUUAAACGAGUUGUAUGGAGAAGAAUUUUCAAGGCUUUGGAACAGAAAUGAUUUCUGGGGAUAUGUGGCGCGGGAAGUAUUACAAAAACCAACGACGAUUCACCUCUACGUCAAAGACUCGAGCUACCAACAAAGCGUAGUCAACCAAGAGCUGCCCGCGCGGCUGUCGCUGCGACCUCUCGGCUCGCACGUGUUCGUUGCGUGGAUCAGUAUAGGCUAUAUCAUCUUUAGGAUGUCCUCCUAUAGUGGAAUAUUUUACCUAUUUUUCAUCAUAACUGCGUGGUCUUUAAUUGUAUUAUCGAAAGCGUCUUUGAAAAUAUUGAGAGUCAUCAAUGAAUGAUAUAAUGUUAAGUCUAAUAAAUGUGGUGAUUUUUUAAAUCAUGA